ACGGCGACGACAAUGACAACGACAACGGCAUUGGCAACGACGAUGACGACGACGACGACGUCAACGACGAAGGCACCCGAUGCCAUGGUGACCGGGGAAAAGGCCGACAGGAACGACGAGGACGAGGACGAGGACGAGGACGACGCGCCUACCGUUAACAACAACUCCUCGGCUUCGGCCAAUGGCAGCAGCAGCAAGAAGAAAAAGCGGAAGCGCUCGAAGAAGGGACGUCACUGAUGACGUCGACGCUCUCAAGUAUUAAGAAAAAUAUAAAC